AUGGCCGUGUCUAAUAUGUCUCGUCGGCAAAGAGCCGAAUUGACGCUUUCCAAGAUUUGGUUCCACUUGGUAUUCUGGGCUAUACAUUUCGGUAUUUUUGUCGUGGGAUGUUGGAUACAGGCUUCAAAUAAGAAGCUAGCAAGCUUGAAUGUGCUAAGAUAUUCGGUUUGGAUCUCUCGUGGCGCGGGCCUUGUACUUUCCAUCGACGCUACUUUGAUCCUUCUCCCUAUGUGUCGAAACGUGCUGCGAUGGAUUCGACCUCAAAUUCGUUGGUUACCUCUGGACGAGUCUGCCUGGUUCCAUCGUCAAAUAGCCUACGCCAUGUUGUUCUUCACCUGCACUCAUGUGGCAGCUCAUUACGUCAAUUUUUACAAUAUCGAGAAAGAUAACAUCCGUCCUGUGCUCGCAGUGGAGCUCCACUACAAGACCGCGGCUGGUAUCACAGGCCAUGUCAUGUUAUUAUGCAUGCUGCUAAUAUACACCACGGCUCAUGCUCGUAUUCGUCAACAGGCAUUUGAAACCUUUUGGUAUACUCACCAUCUCUUCAUUCCAUUCAUGCUUGCUCUUUACACCCAUGCAACUGGAUGCUUUGUGCGAGAUAGCCCUCAAAGAUAUUCACCAUUCGACGGUGAGAAGUUCUGGAACCACUGCCUGGGCUACGAAGGAUGGAGAUGGGAGCUCGUGGCAGGCACCAUGUACCUAUUAGAACGACUGUACCGCGAGGUUCGAUCUCGGAAAGAGACGGUGAUCACCAAGGUGAUUCGUCACCCGUAUGCCGCCAUGGAAAUCCAGUUUCAAAAACCAAGCAUGAACUACAAAGCAGGACAAUGGCUCUUCCUUCAAGUGCCAGAUGUGUCAACCACCCAAUGGCAUCCGUUCACCAUUACAUCCUGCCCAUUCGACCCAUAUAUCAGUGUACACGUUCGCCAAGUCGGUGAUUUCACACGCGCCCUCGGAGAUGCUCUCGGUUGCGGUCCCGCACAAGCAAAAGACCUCGAAGGCUUAGAUCCAAACGGAAUGUACGAAGUCGCCCUCCAAAACGGGCAAACAAUGCCAAAGAUGCGCAUCGACGGACCAUAUGGAGCACCGGCCGAAGACGUCUUCGAAAACGAGAUCGCCGUCCUGAUCGGAACAGGUAUCGGUGUCACGCCCUGGGCCUCAAUCCUAAAGAAUAUCUGGCAUCUGCGCUCAAGCCCUAACCCACCUCGUCGUCUACGUCGUGUAGAGUUUAUCUGGAUUUGCAAAGACACCUCUUCCUUUGAAUGGUUCCAGGCUCUUCUUUCGUCACUUGAGGCGCAAUCUGCAAGCGCUGCAGCUUUCGAGGGUAGUACCGAGUUCUUGCGGAUCCAUACAUACCUCACGCAGAGACUUGAUGAUGAUACUGCUGCGAAUAUCUAUUUGAAUUCUGUUGGGCAGGCGCUUGAUCCACUUACUGAGUUGAGGAGUCGGACGAAUUUCGGUCGUCCUGAUUUUAAGCGCUUAUUUAAUGCUAUGCGGGUCGGGUUGUUGGAUCAGACUUAUAUGCGGGGUUUACAGAGUGCUCAUGCGACUGAGAUCGGUGUUUACUUUUGUGGACCUAAUACUGCCGCUUUGCAGAUUGAUGAUGCUGCUAGGUUUGCGUCGACGAAGGAUAUUCGGUUUAAGUUCUGGAAGGAGAACUUUUAG